AUUUUGGCAAGAUCCAGGUUCUCUUUUCAUUGGCCAUUGAGGUUCUUUGCAAAUUCCUUACCUCAUCUCAGGUCCAAAAACUUAAAUACAAAUAGAGAUUCUUUAUUAAUUAAAGACAGAAGAAAUCCCAAACCCCUUUGUCACCAUCCUUAACGACUCAAUUAUUUCUCGUCUCUGGAAUCAGAACUCACAGUAAUCCAACGACGAUUACAAGUCAACAUGAAGUCGAGCGGACACAAGUCUUUACGGGAUACCUCACGAAUUAAAGUCCAUGUUGUAAUUGCAUGCUGUCUGUCCCCGCCGCUCUCGGGCCCUCCAUUCAUCCCCUCUAAUUUCCCUUACAGUCAUUGAUUCUCCACCACUGAACAUCCAUGGAGAACUCUCAAUCUCUGGAGAUAUUUUCCUGUUUUUUACUACUUCUCUUCCAUUUUUCUUUUCAUUCCUGGGCUUGCACUUUACCUGAGCAGUACUUUAUCAACUGUGGUUCAGCUUCCAGCCCCACAGUGUACGGCCGCAGGACCUUCACCGGCGAUGUGAAGUCUGAGAAAAUCGUCUUAUCCUCCGGCGGUAACAGCCCAGUGGAAGAUCCCGGUUCGUCAGCCGCUGAACUCUAUCGAAGUGCAAGAAUUUUCAGAAAACUUUCUUCUUAUGAGCUUGAUAUAGCUGAAAAUGGAACCUAUGUGGUACGUUUCCAUUUCUUUCCCUUUCCGGCUUUGGGAAAUCUCUCUGAUGCCCGUUUCAACGUCGAGGCUUCUGAGUUCAGGGUUUUAUCCAAUUUCUCCAUACAAAGUGGUUCUAGUUUUCCACUUAUUGAAGAGAUUUUGCUUACAAUUCCCCCUGGAAAGUUCAAGAUUAAAUUUGUGCCUUCUGAAGAGAAUUCUUUUGCUUUUGUAAAUGCAAUGGAAGUUUUUCCUGGCCCACCGGAGUUCAUUCCUGAUUCUGCUGUUCUUGCCACUCGAGGAGUGGACAAUUAUAACGGUUUGUUGUCUUCUCCGUUGCGUGUAAUUCAUAGGAUCAAUGUUGGGGGCCCAAAUAUUAUGCCGAAUAAUGACACCCUUUUGAGAUAUUGGAUUCCUGAUGAUUAUUAUUUGUUCAAUAAGAAUACAGCGAAGAACAGUGGAACUUAUGGUGGGACGAUUAAUUACCAGAGCCCAGGGGCUACAGACUGUGAUGCCCCUCCUUCUGUUUACAACACGGCCAAAGAGAUGAACAUUGUUGAUAAUAGCAGUCAGCUUCCCAUGUUCAAUAUUUCUUGGUGUUUUGAUGUGAAAAAAGGAGCUAAACAUCUUGUCCGGGUGCAUUUCUGUGACAUCAUUACUAGAGCCAGAAACGAGUUUCUGACGUUUGAUCUUUUCAUUGAUAGUCAGUUUAAUCAGAAGAUAUAUCCUUAUGGUGCUGUUUCUCGGCCUGCAGCGCCUUUCUACUAUGAUUUUGUGGUCGAUUCAGAUAAUUCGGGGUUUUUGAAUAUCAGUGUUGGGCCUCGAAGUGAUUCUCGUAAUCCAACUGCUUUUCUAAAUGGAGUUGAGAUCAUGGAGCUCAUCACUGGUUUGGCUUCAUCUACAGGAGGAAGUGAUUCACCAAAACAACAUUUACUGAUCAUCAUUGGUUCAGUUGUUGGAGGUGUGAUUUUAGUCCUUGUUCUCUUGAUAGUGGUCUUCUGUGGUUUGAAAAAGAGAAAAUGGAAGCCUGUUGAGGCUUUUGACUGGCCAUUGGCACAUCUCUAUGGAGGAAGUACAUACAGCAGAACUACUGAGAGAACUGUCACCAGCUCCCCUGCUGCUGAUUUUAACCUUGGUUUGAAGGUCCCUUUCACCGAAAUUCUCUAUGCCACAAAGAAUUUCAACAAGAAACUUCGCAUUGGUGAGGGAGGAUUCGGGAAAGUGUACAAGGGAACGAUGAGGAAUGGUACAAAAGUUGCUGUAAAAAGAAGUGAGCCAGGACAUGGGCAGGGCCUUCCAGAAUUCCAAACGGAAAUAAUGGUGUUAUCCAAGAUUCGCCACCACCAUCUUGUUUCGCUGAUUGGAUAUUGUGAUGAAAGGGAUGAGAUGAUACUAGUCUAUGAGUUUAUGGAGAAGGGAACAUUAAGGGAUCAUCUCUAUGUUUUGGCAGGAGAAUCUCGAGAAUCAACAUCCAGGUCUACGUUAUCAUGGGAUCAAAGGCUUGGAAUUUGCAUUGGUGCAGCCAAAGGUAUUCACUAUCUCCACACUGGUUCUAGUGGUGCAAUUAUCCAUAGAGAUAUAAAGUCCACAAACAUCUUGCUCGAUGAAGAUUAUGUGGCUAAAGUUGCUGAUUUUGGGCUUUCUCGAUCAGGCCCUCCCGAUCAAACUCACGUGAGUACUGCUGUUAAAGGCAGCUUCGGCUACCUUGAUCCUGAAUACUUUAGAUGCUUACAACUAACUCAAAAAUCUGAUGUGUAUUCCUUUGGAGUGGUACUUCUUGAAGUACUUUGUGCAAGGCCAGCCAUCGAUAACUCGCUUCCAAGGGAGCAGAUUAACUUGGCUGAAUGGGGACUUUCAUGGCACAGAAAGGGGCAGCUGGAGAAAAUUGUGGAUCCUUUGCUUGUGGGGAAAAUUAAUCCCAGCUCUUUGAGGAAAUUCGGUGAAACGGUAGAGAAGUGUUUGCAAGAAUACGGAGCUGAUAGGCCCAACAUGAGUGAUGUGAUGUGGGACUUGGAGUAUUCUCUGCAGCUUCAACGCACGGCCGUGCCUAGAGAACCUUAUGAAGACAGCACAACAGAUGUUUCGUGGAAUUUUCAGAUGAACAUUCUUCAGAAGUUGCCUUCUCAGAGCAUCCAAAUUGGUGAAGACGAACUCCAGCAUGACUCGACCCACAACUUUUCAGAUGUUAGUCAAGUUAAUGCUAGCGAGGUGUUCUCGCAACUGAGCAUUGAUGAAGCCAGAUGAUUCUGGUCUUUUUCUUGUUUCUUGUCGAUUUUAUUCCAAAAUGUAUAAUAAAGAUGUAGUCUUUUUUGCACUUGCUUUUA